AUGGGGAAUCAACUGGUUACACAAAGUAACACAACUACUGUCUCUGCCAAUGGUUUCAUUGUUGAAGCUACGCAUGUGGAGUUAGCGAAUUGGAUUUUUAAGUCAUACCCUGAAACUACAGUGCAUGUUCAAUUGCAAAACCAAGAGCUCAGGACAACAUACAUGAACGUUCUCUUCAUGACCAUUAAGACACUUUACCACAAGAAAAAUCUCUCCGAGUCCGAAUUAAGCAAAGCAUCUAAAGAUUUGUCUGAUUUGACGCAAGCCGGUUUUAAGCUGGAUUGGUUGAGGUCAAAGCUUGACAAGGUUUCCUUGGAGAUGAAGAAACGUAACGAUUCUGAAGCUCGAAUUGUGGAACUUGAACAUAAGUACAACAAACUUGAGCUGAUGAUGUCUGAUCUCAAAGUUGAGUUGCGAGAGAAGAAAGCCAAGUUUAAAUAA